CGUCACCCCAGUAGACGGUCUCACUUCCGGUCGGAGGAGCGUUAGCAACGGUACUGCCCAGGGCCCCGGUUGUGUAGGGCUCAGAGCCUCACUUUCUGCAGCUCCAGGUCUGCCUGUAAGAGGAUGUCAGAGAGCUCAGCCAUCCUGGUCCUUCAUCAGUCCCUGCGAAAGUGCUUCCAGGCCAUACAGCAGCAGCAAGAGGCUUGGCAGACAGCGCUGACAGGCUGUAAGCCCCUCCUGAGCUCCCUCAGCAAUCUGGCGGAGCAGAUGCAGGCCUGUCAGAAGGUCACAUUUGCACAUACACCACUGCAAGCCUUCCCGGAUCUGGAAGAGCAGUUAAAGUACAAGCAGCGCUGUGCAGCAGAGACCCUGCUGGAAGAACUGGGGGGCAAAGUAGCUGACUUGCAGAAAGUGCGGGAUGUAGUUAGUGGCUACGUGGGCACUGUUUUCCAACUCUAUGAGCAGCAUGCGGAUGUGCUAGGUUUUGAGGCUUCUGUGCAGCGUACUGCUCUUAUCCCCUCGCUGGCUGACAUGUUGGAAUGGCUGCAUGAUAUUGAGAGAUAUUACCGACAUGUGUACUUGGAGAGUAAACUCCUCCUCCUCCAAAUCAGAUACGACAACUUGCCAGACAUGCAAACCCUGCCACAGUCCUGGGAGAAGGUUUUGGAGCACAAUAGCCGAAACAUGGUUCAAGACACUCUUCUGAAGGUCUCCUUUCUGGAGACUCUGUGAGUGGCUCUAUUAUUAACCAACUUGCAGAGAGAAAACACCAGAGGAUUUGUAUGGAAUGAUUCGUUUUGGGUGCCCAGGAUAAUACUUGUUCAGGAUACCCAUAAAGAACCUGGAUUUGCUGAAUGAGCUAGCCCAGUGCAGGAGUUUCCCUGGCUCUCUGCUGUGAGCUAAGUGGUCUGUUAAAAGUCAAACAAGCCUGGUACCUGGCCCCCAGUGUGAGGGCCCUGCUGCUUCCUUGGCUUAUGAAAGUGGAUUUGAUGUAGCAGCUGAAACAGUGGCUGGGUUCAUAAACUGAAGACAA